GUCAGGUCUCAGCUGCGAAGGUUUUGCCGAGCUCCUCGUCGUCAGUGCGGGCCUCCGGCACCGCAGUACACGGUCGGACCGAAGCACCUGAGACCUGUCCUUAUAAAAGAAGCUCUGCUGACGAGUCCGGCGAUGCGAAGCGGUGUAGCAAUGAAGCAGCUCACAGAACUCAACCUCGGCCAGAGGUCCACUUGUCCAAACUGGAUGAUGAGGCUAGGCGGUCAUCGCCGGACACCAAUUUUCUGAAAGCGGAAGACAGGCACUUCAUUCGUCACCAUGCCGGAGCCAGAGAAAAAGAACGCGUGGGGCUGAAGCUAGCCUUGUUCACGGCCGAAGUGAUCAGUGUUUGCAUGAGGCAUGGA